GUCAAGGCCAAAAUUCAGGACAAGGAAGGAAUCCCUCCCGAUCAGCAGAGGUUGAUCUUCGCCGGAAAGCAACUCGAGGACGGCCGCACGCUUUCAGAUUAUAACAUUCAAAAAGAAUCCACCCUGCAUUUGGUCUUGAGGCUGCGCGGCGGUAUGCAGAUUUUCGUCAAAACUCUCACCGGUAAAACAAUCACACUGGAGGUCGAGGCUUCGGACACGAUCGAGAACGUAAAGGCUAAGAUUCAAGACAAAGAGGGCAUUCCUCCCGAUCAACAAAGGUUAAUUUUCGCGGGCAAGCAACUCGAGGACGGACGGACUUUGUCCGAUUACAAUAUCCAGAAAGAAUCGACACUUCACCUUGUACUUCGACUUAGGGGCGGAGAUGUCUGAUUCUGCAAUUGUGAUUUCUGCAUUCGCGUUGUAUUAGACCAUUUAAUUAUUUUUUUAUAAUAAAUUCUAUUACAGGAGUUUUUAAUUUUAUUUAUUCGCACAUGGAAAUCUUGCGUACCGAGUUUUGAUGAAUAAAGGAAUUUAAUUUUGCAUACUGUAA